GGACUAAAUAUGGAAGUGUCUGGGAAGAGAAAAGAUUCAUCAGAAAGCCAUACAAAGCCUGGAUGUCAGGAUGAUGUGCGGCUCUAUUGUCAACCGUGUCAGAAAGAUGGUUUAAUGGUUCCUGCGCAUGGAUACUGCCAAGAUUGUACAGAACACUUGUGUGAGAGCUGUUACAAAACUCACAGAAAGCCAACACCAUGCAGACACCAUGUACUUCUAGACAAGAGUAAGAUGCCAAGGUCCCAGAGUUCUAGCCAACUCAAAGUUCCACAUGACCUGACAGAGCAAUGUAAGCAGCAUAGAGGGAAGUUGAUAGAAUAUUUUUGUUGUGAUCACAAUAUCCUUGGCUGCAGUCCCUGUAUAACAGUCAGUCACAGAAACUGUAAGGUUGACUAUAUUCCUGAUGUCUCUGAAAACUAUGUAGCUAGUAACGCAUACAAACAAAUUGUACAUGCGUUGAAAACACUACAAGAAAAUUUCAAGAGGAUUAUUGAUGGAGCAAAAAGAAACAGAAAGAUGAUCCUUGAGAACAAAGCCACUGUUAAUGAUGAAAUUAAGAAGUUUCGACAAGAAAUCAACAGCAUGUUUGAUAAUCUAGAAGCAAACCUUCAAAAAGAAGCUGAUGAUCUAUUUGCUGAAGGGUUGGCUAGAACUGAUAAUAUCGCAACAACAUCUGCCAAACUGUUGGAAGAUAUUGAGAAUCUUCAAGAUGAUAUUAACAAGUUAGAAAAAGCAAAUAAAACCAAUGCCCUAUACAUCAAAUCUAAGGCAAAUGAAGAAUUGGUACAUGUGGAUUUCACAUCCACUAUGGUACAAACACAAAACAAUAAUACUGUGAGCACAUUUGCCUUUCAACCUAAUUUGAUAUUGAAGGAAAUACUAUUAGGGUCAGAAACCAGAAUGGGUGAACUCCAUAAAAGUGGAACUGAAAGUCUUCUGUCAGCUUCAAGUAAGUUCAAGGACAUGCAUACUGAAAACAUAUUACAGAUGACGUGUUCAAGUUUAGAGUCAAGAACAGGGAAAGACCUUUAUGAAAAGCUGAAAGCAGAGCCAUCAGGUGAAAUAAACAUAAAAUUUCUAUUUAAUAAUACCUGUUGUAUACCUGGAGCGGUUUCCAUCGCCGAAGACACUGUUGCAGUAACUGAUGAGAUAAACCGCUUUGUCAUCCUAGUUAAUACAAAAAAGGAGAAGGUUGUUUCAAAGAAAAGAUUGUCUUCUUCUCCAGGUGGAUUGGAUAUAAUUCUUCCCAAUAACCUACUUGCCAUUGCACUAAAAGAGGAAGAAAUGCUCGUGUUCUUGUCAAUACCUGAUGGGCUGUCUGAAGUCCGCCAUCUAAAGUUAGAUGGUAAAUGCCAGGAUUUAGCUUCUCAUGAUGGUAAAUUAAUUGUUACCUUCAAAGACCCUGGAAAAAUUCAGAUCAUGAAUUUGAAUGGUCACAUAUUUAAAACGAUAGAAAAUAUCUUUUCAAACAAUCGUCCUUGUUCAUCAAUGGUUACAGUUAGCAGAAACAAAAACAUCUACAUCUCAGAAUAUUUUAGUUCUACAAUAACUUGUAUGAACUGGGAUGGAGAAGUAACCAACACUUACAAAGAUAAACAUCUGGUCAAGCCUUGUGGAAUGGUUGUACUGGAAGAUGGUUCAAUACUGGUUUGCAGCAGCAGAGACAAUACCAUACAUAUAAUUUCAAAAAAUUUAGAAAAUGGCAGAGUAAUACUUGAGGCAAAAGAUGGACUGCUCUGUCCUUAUUCUCUAGCUUUAGACAGUGAUAAAAAUAAGCUUUAUGUGGGAAGUGGCGAUACAUGUAACUUUCUGAAAGUGUAUGAUUUAAACUGAGACAUGAAAUGGCAUGCAAUGGCAAACAUUUUGUAUUUGAAACAUGAGA